AUGAUUGGGUUUGUUCGUGUCUUCUUAUGGCUAGCCUUAUAUACGGUGGUUUACGCUAUCCCCUAUGACAUCAAGGGGAGAGGAACUGCCGUGCCUCCCACGGAUGAUGACUUCUACACUGUGCCUCCGGACGUUGGCAACUCACCUCCGGGUACCAUCUUGAAGCACCGUAUACCGCCAGCGCCAAUUGCGGCUUUUGGUUUGGAUCCUGUAAACCUCCAAAGCAGCUAUCAGAUUCUGUACAGAACCAAUGACAACUUUGGAAAUGCAACAGCAACAGUCGCAACCAUCCUAAUCCCACACAAUGCAGACUAUACCAAAGUGCUGUCGUAUCAGGUAGCCCAAGAUUCAUCAUUCAGAAACUGUGCCCCUUCGUAUGCGUUGCAGCUGGCUUCAGCAUCCGGUGGUCCCUUUGGCACAUUGGUGACGCAGGCCGAACUGCUGCUCAUCGAAGCAGCUCUCGAACGAGGCUGGGUUCUCAUCGUUCCUGACCACGAGGGACCAAAUGCUGCCUUUCUGGCUAAUCGGCAAGCUGGCCAGGCGACUCUCGACGGCAUCCGAGCUGCUCUCAGCUCCGGUGCUUUCACGAGCAUCGACAAGGAUGCCACCGUUGCCAUGUGGGGUUACUCUGGUGGAAGCCUCGCCUCCGGCUGGGCUGCUGAACUGCAACCAACUUAUGCUCCAGAGCUCAAGAUUGCAGGAGCUGCGCUAGGAGGAACUGUACCCAACAUCACCACCGUCCUCACAGAGAUCAACAAAAGUCUUUUCGCCGGCAUCAUUCCAUCCGGCAUGGUCGGCUUGUCGAACCAGUACCCCUAUGUUGCCGAAGUUCUCGACCAACACAUCCUGACCCAGUACAAGCCCCUGUUCGGCCUGGUGAGGAAUCAGUGUCUGACCGCCGACGUCUUGGACUUUCUGGGCAAAGAUGUCCUUGCCAUGUUUGACGACCCAUCUCUACCAUUCACAGAUCCUCGACUCGUCCAAAUAGAGAACGACAACGGCAUGGGCCAUGCCAUUCCUAGAAUCCCAUUAUACGUGUACAAGUCCACGGGGGACGAGCUCAGCCCGGUUGACGAGACAGACGCCCUAGUCAGCAAGUACUGUGCCGGGGGCACUUCCGUGGAAUACGUCCGAGACAUCCUUUCGGAGCACGGGAGCCUCGCUAUUACUGGGGCCGCCAAGGCGUUGUCCUGGUUGAUUGAUGUUCUAGAUGGCGAGAAGCCUCAGGUGCGGUGUUCAACAUCGACAGUUGCGUCGUCGUUGCUGGAUCCUAGUGCAUUGGAGGUUCUUCCACAAUUUAUUAUCGACGCUUUGUUGGAUCUUCUUCACAAGCCGGUAGGGCCUAUUGUGAUAGGAUAG